AUGGCUAGUAACGAGGAGCACCCUCACGAUGAUUCUAUUAAUGAUGGAGACAAUGAUGGAGGAAAAUCCGGUAAGGGAGUGGAAAAAGAAAUAAAAAGAGGAAAAACUAUAAUGAAGAAUAUCAUUCGUGAUAGAGAUAAGGGUAUAAAAUAUGAUGUGCAUUGGAGUCCAAAUGACCAAUUAAUUGAGCCUAACGGUUCUAAAUUGACAAGUUACAUUGGCACACUUGUAAGGAGAGAAAUUCCAAUAACUUGUGAUGAGUGGAGAGAUGAUAAGCUGAAUGAUGCUAAAAACAAAAUCUGGAGUGAGAUACAGAGGUCUUUCAACAUUGAUGACAAAAGAAAAGAUUAUUGUCUUGGAUUGGCCGGCAAAAUACUGAGAGGUUUAGAACAUAUUUAA